CUUUUGUCUUAAGCAUCACAAUCUCCGCGAACCCACCAAUAGGAUUUCCAUGAGAACAAAACCAGUCUCCAACGGAGAAACGCCACGUCAGCUUCCCACCCGUCGAACCACCAAGUCCGUCACUGUACGAUCAGCUCAGGAAUCGGUUCAGAUCAUCAUCAGCCACCAAAUGUCAGUUUCAUCUUCACUCAGUUAACAAUUCAUCUUCAAACACUCACUGAACUCAACGCCUGUACAGUUCAUCUGAUUGGUUCAAAUAUGGUCAAGAGAAAGAUACAUGCUGCGUAUUCGUAUCCACCAACUACGGAGGAGUUAUAUCCGGCUAAUGUGAAGAUUAGAUGCCAAAUCGGAGUAACAACAGAAAUCCGAGAUAGGUUGGGACCAGGCUCUGCUAGGUCGGAGUUAUUUCGGGGCACGUGUUUCGGACAUUGGCUAGAUGUUCAAAAUACAUGUAACGACUCGCCUUUAGUCCAUCUGAUGCUACAAACUGAAUAUAUCCCGACCCCGGUCGUGCAUCAAGACGCAUUAUAUUUUCGUGUUGGAGGUCAGGAUUUGCGGUUUGGACCUCAAGAGUUUUGCCUCAUUACAGGACUGCGAUUCGGUCCUCAUCAUUGGAAAUACGAAAGGGCAGAUAUGACAUUUAGAGAGAGGGUAUUUGGUGAUGCACAAGCUAGACCAAAGGUUUUGGAUAUAAAAAACGUCUUUAAUCGCUUUCUUGAUCGGUUAUCGGACCUUGAUGCAGUACGGAUUUGUCUGCUGAUGUUGGUUGAGGUCGGAUUCAUGGCCUGCGAUCCUCGUGGACCGGUUGACUUGACUCUUCUAGAACUAGUCGAGGACCUCGACUCAUGGAACACAUAUCCAUGGGGUUCAUACGUCUGGAGGUCUGUGUACAAGCACUUACAUAAUGCGCUCGCAAAGCGUUCUGCUCGACACCGUUAUAUGCCACUUGGUUAUGCGCUAAGUGGAUUUAUUUGGAUCUUUAAGAUAUGGAUAUUCGAGGUUUUCCCAUACGCUAAGACGUUUGCUGUCAAGCGUGACGGGAUUCCCAGAGCCAUUAGCUGGGGCGCGAGCAAGUGUAUGACGUGGAAGCUUGCAUUACCAUUUGUCACGGAUGCCACAGUGCCUGGAUUUGAGCCACUACCAGCGUUGACACCAACUCCUGAAGAGUGCGCCACUGAUUGGUGGCGCGCCAGCUGUCAGUUUUUUGACGACUAUGCUUAUGAUUCUUCACCGCUGUUGAAGAAGGCACACUUAUCAUCACCAUCUCAGCCGUCGGUUAUGGUCCCGGACCAGCUGGCAGAGGACAUUGCUGACCCCAUCACCAUGCCGAGCUCAAACAACACCACUGGUCACCAAAGUACGGGGUCAAGGACAAAUAUGGAGAAAAGAAUGGAUAAGUUACAGAAGCCGUUGGUUAUGACACGUCUCACGAGUUUAGAGGAGCGGGUUGAUGAGCUAUUGAAGGCCAGGCGACCACUUUGUCUAAAGGCGGAGAUCCCGACGACCUCAGACUUGUUUGGUCCUUUUGACCACGUAGAGGAUCGUGUUGUGGUGGGAAAGGUUUCAUCUGAGUCUGACAUAAUUUGUGUCCAAGGCUACAACGUAAAGCAAAGUGUCGCACCGAUUCUCGAAUCCAUUUUCAAGAAACACGGUGACAUUGCAGCAGAUUGCCUAUUCAAACCAGCUUCUAUGAGAUCAUCUUUCCUUGAGAUCGUUUGCGAAGCAGUCAGUCGAAUUCAAACCAAUGAUGAUAUUGAAGAAAUAGAACGGCAAGUGCUAGUUGCAGAAGCAGCCAACGUUAACGUUUCAUGGCUUCGUGUUCACUUGGACGCCAUCCGAGCCCACAGGAAGUGCAGUUUGCUUGUGGAAACGAAAGCAAACAUGGGUUUGGUUAAAAAAGCCGCCUUAAUGGAUCUGAGAGAGAGUUGCGUGGAGCUCAUGGCCGCACAAGAACGGUUUGAAAAGGCGGAAAAAUGCGUGAGAGUACUUAAUCUUGUUGAAAAUAAUUUAAAUGAAAACAUCUUGGAAUCUAAAGGUAGUGUAGACUCAUGGGCAAGACAACCAGUGGUUUUAUAGGCUAACUAAAUUUGAUGUAGAUGUAUAGGUGAAAAGUCGAGAAGGUGUAGAAUGCACAAGUUGCACAACUCUGGUAAAAUUGUUGCAUCUGAACAUUUAAUUUUGUAACAUCCUAGAGUCUUAAGACUAACGGCCGUUAAAAACUAACGGAGAACUUAACAUUG